CCACCCCCCACCCCACCCCCGCACCCCGGUACCGUACUCACCGCAUGUUCAUCACAAGCUUGUUUACAGUCAAACAUUUCACGUCCACUGCGCAGUUUGAGAGGUAUCAGCGAGAUUUACGCACGUCCGGAUCUGCAGCCACGGGAAGCGCCAGGAUAUCCGCAGGUAGCUGCAGUGCUUCUCCGACGAUUGGUCGACAUGUUGGGCUUCUGCGUGUGUCUUUGUGCGGUUUUCACACAGGUCCUCUCCCAGGAGACCGAGGAGCCCAUCACCUACUCAUGCACAGAGGGGUACACGUAUGAUAGAGUCAAAGAGCAGUGCAGAGACAUUGAUGAGUGUGAGCUGUUAGAAGAUGCCUGUAAAGGAGGGAUGAAAUGUGUGAACCACUUUGGUGGAUACCUCUGCCUCCCCAAGAACGCAGUUAUCUACGUUACUGUGGACCAGCCAGAGGAGAGGACACCACCUGAGCGGAUACCCCAGGUUCCUGCUGUCCAACCAAACCAGCCUCAGCUCCCCCAGCAAAGCCUCACCAUCCAGUGUGCGUCAGGUUUUACUGCGGAUGAGCAGAACUACUGCAGAGACAUAGAUGAAUGUGCAACAGGCAGACACAAUUGUAGGCCUGAACAGACCUGCUACAACACUCGAGGCUCCUUCACGUGCCAAUGUCCUCCCGGCUACCAGAGGAACGGAGACCACUGCAUCGAUAGAGACGAGUGUGCCCUGAGUCACUACUGCAUGCACAGAUGUGUGAACACCCUGGGCUCGUACUACUGUGAAUGCAGCGCAGGUUACAAACUGACUCACGACAAUCACACUUGUGUUGAUGUGAAUGAAUGUGAUGUGGGGAGCCCCUGUCAGUAUCAAUGCUACAACCUGAUUGGCUCCUUCCUGUGUCAGUGUGACAACGGCUUCGAGUUGGCAGCAGACUCUAUCUCCUGUGAUGAUGUCGACGAAUGCAGCUUAUCCAGCUACAUGUGUCAGUAUCAGUGCGUUAACACUCCGGGGAGUUACUCCUGUGAGUGCCCGCAAGGAUAUCAGCUCCAAGGAGGCAGGUUGUGUCAAGAUAUAAACGAGUGUGAGAUGGGGACCCAUGACUGCCAAGAUGAUGACAUGUGUUGGAACUAUUACGGAGGGUUCCGUUGUUAUCCCAGGAACCCCUGCGAGCCACCUUACACUCAGACCUCUGAAAGCCGCUGCUUCUGUCAGUCCCAAUCUGAAUGCCAGGGUCUCCCACCGUCAAUAGUCUACAAAUACAUGAGCAUCCAGGCGGACCGGUCCGUACCAGCAGACAUAUUCCAGAUCCAGGCCACCACUGUGUAUGCCAACACACACAACUCCUUCAGGAUUAAAGCAGGAAAUGAGGGGGGUGAAUUUUUUCUUCGGCGUUCCAGCAACGUGAGUGCCAUGCUGCUGCUUACCAAGCCCCUGUCUGGGCCCAGGGAGAUUAUCAUAGACCUGGAGAUGAUCACUCACCAUCUGACCAUGAACUACCGCACCAGCUCACUGCUGCGGCUCACCAUCAUCGUCGGGGCAUACGCCUUCUGAUAGGAGCAAUUCCCUGCUGCCUGCAUCGGUCUGGUUUCAGCGAACAUAGAAAACACCUGUAUCAGCAUGACAUGCUUUAUUUUCACUCAAUUCACACGCGUUACGUCGCCUGCUUCAGAUUCAAAUGGUGGCAGAUCAGUCUUUAAGUGCUUGCUCAAGUCAAACCCAACCAUCUUUUUCUAUCAACGUGCGUCCUUUAAUUUAAAUGCAGGACUUUAAAAUCGCUAAUGAAAAGCCUGAAUGUCUUCUUUCAUCUACCAGAAAACCAGGACUCAGGAAAAUCAGCCUAACUGAGAUUAAUUUUGAAUGCUACUACAUUUAUGGUGCAUUUAUCACAUUGCUUGGAUCAAGACUGCUUUCAAAGCACCAGUAGUAAAGUGAAAAGAGGAUCUGAUGCACAUAAACAGAGAAAAGGACCCAUCGCACGCAGCUUUUCAUACAGGAAUACUUUACUUGUUUAGAAUCACAGCUUCUGCUGAUAAAUGUUAGGCUGUAGGGCUGCUGAGCCAUGCUAUUUGUGCAAGUUUCUGUAUAGUUUGCGAUAUGAGUAAUAAUUUCCAGAGAAUUCCAGGAACAGUUCAAAAGUGUAAAGGGAGGUAAUUAGCCUGUGACCUCAAAGAGCGCUUAAGUUUCUGUUACGACAAGCUUGACACUUGUGGACAUAACUCAGAGGAGUAAUUUCAUGUAAAUACUUACGGUAGGUAAAAAAUGUGUGUGUGUGUGUGUGUGUGUGUGUGUGUGUGUGUGUGUGUGUGUGUGUGUGUGUGUGUGUGUGUGUGUGUGUGUGUGUGUGUGUGUUGGUGUGACUGUGUGUGGAAGCUUUGUUUAUGCAUAUGAGCAAAUGUAAGUGUGAACCACGGAGGGAGAGAAGAGGAAAGAGUGAGAAAGUGCUCGUUCUCUGCCGUGGGAUUGAUGAAUGUGGUGGAGCUGUUUAUGUGUUUCUGUGAUGUCAUCCCAGCAGUUUUCAGUCACACACGCAACAACGGAGGUCUUUAAACUUGAGAACACAUACAAGAAAUGACAAUUUUUUUUUAUAACAAACACUUUGGAAGUCGCUCGCUCGCCAGUGCCACAGCUCACCUCCAGAGGGGUUGAUGGAACCCUCUAAUGUGGGUCCCAGUCAAGAAGUCGCACUGGCACCAGGCUGGCUUGCAUGAUAACAAUAAUUGCAGUGUUUUGCCUUUUAGCUGAUUCACAUGGAACACAAGGUAUUAUUAAAGUGUUAAAGGACUCAUUCACUCGUUAAUACUUUUUUAUUUUUUAAAAUAAGAUUGGUCAUUCUAAGCUUUAUGCUAAAUGUGAGUAUAUAGUCUUGCCACGAUCCAUUGACAGAUCUCAGUUGUGGGGAGGAAUUUAUGGUUGUCUUUCAAACAGUCACUGCAUGCUAUUGGACAACAAAUAAUGUGGCGUACCCACCACUACGGAUGCCAGUCAACAGGGCAGUCCACCAUACACUGUCGAAGAAGAAUAUAUUCUUUUUAUAAAUUAAGGUUGUAAGUACCUCUAUCUGCUCUUGACUCAAAGAAAAGCUCAAGUCUAAAUAGUCCGAAGUUGAUGCCAAAGUCGUUUCAAAUUAGCCAUCAUUAGUUUUGCGCAGUUGCAGUAACAUUCUCCCCCCACCAAACCUAUAAUAAAAUCAACAAAGCACUGUGAUAGGCCCACAAAAUCGAUAGAGCACGCCACCAGACUAGCUGAGGCUGCGCAGGUUCCAGUGGAGCAUGCUAUUGUCCAUCAAGAAUCCUAGGCUACCUAUUGCCUGCAUUAGCCACAUAAAUAAAAUAGACAGAGAAAUGAUCCCAUCAGAAGAAGCUGGUGUCUUCAACAUCACAAGGAAAGUUAGCAUUCAUGGUUUUGCCCACUUUUGACUUGCAACCACAGAAGGUUGUGUUGAAUUAGCGGCCAGGAGAGAACAGAGCAGCUCAGAUGGGAAAAGCUAACAAUUGGCAUUAGCAAUUCGACAUGGAGGCACAUGUGUGGGCUUAAGUUUUUGUGGAGAUAACAAAUCAACUUUAUAUUUUUUAGAAGAGCGAAUGGAGGAUGGAAAGUUGCAUUGCUGUUAGCCAAUCAGAGGGUAGAUGUUUGCAAAUCGUGAAUAUUAAUGAGUAUGACUAAAUUUUGCAGUUUUCUGCCCUCUACUCUUCCAACAAACUUCUACCCCCGUAACAGGAGCGUCAGAGCUUUACUCUCUACAGAUAACGACUCACAAAUAAUCCAUUCGUACCAGUGAUCACAACAAAUUUGUUGACAAAAUGAGUGAAUGAGACCUUUAAUGCAUUCUUCCUGCUUUGUUCUAUGACUCCAGGAUGUUGCUGAAUCACCAAACGGCAGAGAACACCCUGAAAAACACAAAUUGCAGUUGUCCAGCUCUUAAGUGCCUUAAAUGUCCAACAAAAAAACACUAACACUACUCCUUAUGAUGUCAAAACAUUCUUCUGUGAGAUGUUCUUUCUCUUAUAUUUAAAUUGUAUUUUGUCAUACAUACCUUUUAUUGAUUGUACUCUAAAGAGCAAAAGCUAUAUUGUCAAAUAAAAUAUGAGGUAAAAAUCUGGA